GAGAGCUCGUCAGAGGCAAAAUGGGACACAUAUGACCACACUAAGCGCACAGACAGCAUUUUAUUGUUGUUCGUUCUUCUUCUCUACUUUAGCCAACUGCGGAUUUUUCGCAGUGAAUGAUUUUAAUAUUUAUGAAUAGCUUAUUUUUUUUUAUGUCCUUUCCCUCCUGAAAUCGCACACCUCGGAUCAUCUUCACGGCCCGCUAUGAUCUCCAGUCAGUGAUUAUUAUAUAUACAUAUUUUUUUUAAAUACCAGUUUGUCUUCAACUGCUGAUCUUUCAUUUGGAGCAAAAGACUGAAUUUGGAUUGUUGCCCUGUGGAACAAAAAAAUCAAACAAAAAAAACUACUUUUACUCUCACUGAUGGCGACCUAAUCGAUGCGAAUAAUUCGGAUGAGCUGGAUCUUUUGGAUUAUAUGCACUAAAGCGAAUCCAUAUCUAGGUGAGCGGGACGGAAGAGAAGAGGAAGAGUUGAUUUCGCACUCGCACACUGGAGCGGGAAUAAGUCUAGACAAUGCUUCAGUGUGCCAGCUGUGAAAAACCUAUUCUCGAUAGGUUCUUGCUCAAAGUUUUGGACAGACCGUGGCACAUCAAAUGCGUCCAGUGCUGCGACUGCAAAUGUAGUUUGACAGAGAAGUGUUUUUCUCGAGAAGGGAAACUGUAUUGCAAGAAUGAUUUCUUUAGGAAAUUUGGAACCAAGUGCGCUGGAUGCGCGCAGGGGAUUUUACCCAGUGAUCUAGUCCGCAGAGCCAAGAGCAAAGUGUUUCACCUGAACUGUUUCACCUGUGUGAUGUGUAACAAACAGCUGUCCACCGGAGAGGAACUGUAUAUCCUGGACGAAUUCAAGUUUGUUUGCAAAGAGGACUAUGAAAACAACUCUGGGAAAGACACAAUCCUCCUUUCAGUAAAGGUUUGGUUCCAAAAUCGGAGGUCUAAAGAGAGACGUAUGAAACAGCUGAGCGCUCUAAGCGCUCGGAGACACGUGUUUUUCCGCAACCCGAGGAGAAUGAGAGGCCUGGGAGAGAGAGUGGAACCAGGAGAGCUUGGACACUUUUCUUAUUAUGGAGAAUAUCCUGGUGAAUACUAUGGCUCAGGAGGGAAUUAUGAGUACUUUCAAGGCCCACCAUUAUCGCAAGCACAGACUCCAGCAGACCUGGGCUUUGUGCCCUCCACAGUCCCGGCUGGCACCCCACUAGGAGCCAUGGACCACCAUCAUCCUGGGCACCACUGUCCCGGAGAGGUUCAGUGUUUCUCUGAUACAUUAUCUCAUCAUCCCGUGGACUCACCAAGUCCGGAGCCCAAUGGACCAAGUUCAAUUCACAGCAUCUCCAGUGAAAUGUGUGGCCCCAGCACGCCCUUCACCACUGUUUCUCUCAGUGACAACGGAUACACCAACCAGCUGUCACAGCCCUCUUCAGAAAUGAGCGAAGGCACUGUUUGGUAAUCAGGCUAAGACCGAAAUACUACAAAUGCAGUUUGAAGGCAAACCCUUAACUUUAUUUCAUAUAUCAGCUAUUUAUUUAUGAUUAUUUAUUAAUAUUUAUUUAUUUAUUUAUUGUAUUUCAUUAUGCUUUUUUGUAAUUUUUAUGUUGGUUAUUUAUUGACGGGCCACGUAUUAUAUAGUUUGGAAUAAUCUGUGUGAAUUGGCUCGUUAAUAGGUUCGCAGUGCUGGGCCUCACUGACUAAGCAAUAAACAAAUACAUUAAUACUGAUGAAUCGUAUUUUAGUGUUUACAAAAUCUUUUCUGUCAUGUACAGUACUGUGCAAAGGUUUUAAGCACAUUUGAUGCUUAUAUUCUUUAUCCAUUAUACAAGAAUAUCAACUGGCCAUAAGCCCAUUCUGUAUUCAGUUUUUUGGCCCAUGCUAGCUGGAAUAGACAGUUAAGAAGAUGGAUGUAUGGAUGGACAAGGCAAUGGAUAUCCCCAAACAUUCACACAGAGUCAUAAAGAACUUCAGUGACAAGAACUACAAGGAGUUCUGCAAGAUGCUAUGGCCCACAGAGAUCUCUUGUCUAAUUAUACUGUAUUUAUAUCAGUCUAAGAUAGCAACAAGCGAUGGAAACAACUGAGACCAGCCUAAAUGCAAAGAAGAAUUGUGACCACACAUUCAAAAUGGCUGGGAGAAAGAAAAAAAAGAGUACCCUGAUAAGCAAUGGUAAGUGCACCCAUAAGAAUUUGUGCUUUUUAAAGGAAAAUGGUGGUCAUAAUCAGUAUUAAUUUGAAACUUUUUUUCUGCUUAGUGCACUUUAUGCAAAGUUAAUUGAUAAAAUGUCAGAUUUCAAUGUCAUUUCUAAAAACAUUCACAUUUUGAUAUGUUUAAAAUUUGCACAGCACUGUAUAUGAUGAAACUGACCUUAAAAUUCAAAUGUGAAGUGUGUGAUUGUAUUUGUUUUAUCACCUUUCAGUGUUUCAGCCAACUUACAAAUUCCAAGUAUGAGUUUGUGUGUAAUAUUCAUGUUCAUGUAUUACACACGAACCACUCGCUGAUUACAGAUCAUGAACGUGACACAUCUGACCAAAAACAUUUCUCAGGACUGCGGAAACACUGCAUUGUUUUUUGUUUCGCUACGCCUUUCUUAUGAAUAAUUUGCUGUUUAGCAUGUGUUU